UGGGCAAAGAAUUGCUAUUAGCAGUAACAGGACUACGGUCCCCAGGCAGUCACCAGCUGGCGUUAGUUGACUUGGUAGAGUAGUCUGUAGUAGAUAGUUGCUUCUUUGCUCCACCACUAGAUUGUAGAUCUCACGUUUGACGUUCGAACUUCGAAGAUCGUUGCACCAAAUUUUUCGAUAAUAAAGACAAUAUUUAUUCGAGCCACUGAACUAUUUCAUACAAAAGUCAUGUCUAAGGCUGCCAAAAAAGUAUUGGAUGAAGCUCGAGAGAGUGGAAACCCUGAAAUUGAAUUGCAAGACAAGCAAAUAGCUAAAAUUGAAGACCUUCCUGGCUUGCUUACAAUGGAGCACAUCACUCGCCUCACAUUGUCACAUAAUCGGCUGUCAUCACUGCCACCAGCGAUUGCUCACUUGACCAAUUUGGAGAUAUUGAAUUUGUACAAUAACCACCUCGUGGAACUUCCUGUGGCCAUUUCAUCUUUGAACAAACUCCGCAUCCUCAAUGUUGGCAUGAAUCGCCUGGACACGUUGCCAAGGGGCUUUGGAUCGUUCCCUGUGCUGGAAGUGCUGGAUUUCUCUUACAACAACAUCUCUGAAGAAACUCUGCCUGGCAAUUUCUUUAUGCUAGAGUCUCUCCGUGCUCUCUACAUGGCUGAUAAUGACUUCGAAAUUCUGUCGCCUGAAAUAAAAAAUUUUAAAAAUCUCCAAAUCUUGGUGCUGCGGGACAACGACUUGGUGGACCUGCCACGGGAGGUGGGAGAGCUGCACAGGCUGCGUGAGCUGCACCUGCAGAGCAACAGGCUGCAGGUCCUCCCUCCUGAAAUUUCAUAUCUGGAUUUACAAGGAAGUAAGUCGUGCUUCCGUAUUGACGGCAACCACCUGAUCCAGAUGCUGGCAGACCAACUCCUCCUUGGCAUCUCACACGUUAUCGACAUCAUGAAGACUCCAACUUACAAAUUCACAUACGAGCGCCAUCAGAAGAGCAAUUCUCAGUACCCUCCUAAAAACCUGGAGGCUAAGGACAGGAAGAUAUCCCGUGUCAAGUCUCAGCUUGCGUGAGCCAGACCACAAUGCCUGCACUGCAGUACGCGAUCAGUUGUCACUGAACCGCAGCUUAUGCAUUGCUGCAUGCAACGCGACGAUGUCACUCAGUUGUAGGUCAGACGUGACUUUAGAACUGACGAGACGAUGUCAGCAAGAAUUUUUUCUUCAAUAAUUGAACUCGAAUCGUCAUUUGUUACCGACCUAUCAUUUUGUGAACAUGCUGUCAACGGGACACAGGUAGUUCUCCAAGUAAAAACACAGAUUUUUGGAUUUCAAAGUCAUAAAUUAUCCUGAACAUUACAUAAUCUUUAUAAAAAUAUUGUGCCUUCCCUAUAAGGUGUUAAAUAACUCUGUGUUAUGUACUCUGAUUAUUUUACGUCAAGUCGUGUCUGCUUCAUUUUGCCUUAUAGUUAUGGCUAGGAUAAAACUCUUAGCCAAGAAUACUUCUAAUGUCUUGAAACUUCGUUCAUGUCUCCUUUUAAUUUUUUCGAAGCGCAACUUGUUUCUUCUUAUUAAUGUAAUAGUAAAUAGAUGUUUAAACAUGAAAUAUUCUUAUAUGCUCUUCAAUAACUCAAUAGGCUGCGAUUGCAUAUUACUAGACUUGGCACAUGCCUGAUUACCGAACUAAAUUGAAGCAAGUUCUUUUUCGUACCAAAGUGAGUUAUUUAUUUUUGAUUUAUAAGAUCGGUUAGAAAAUCUUGAUUUGCUAGAAAAUUCUUCGCAUUUAGAAUAGCCGUUUAUGAGUGAACAACUGUAUGUUAUUAGUUAUGAAUUUCUUCGACCUCUAAUCGCGAUACUUCCAUUGCUUAUGUUUAAAAAAAUAUUAGCCUAAGUUUUGCUCGAUCACUGACUCGAUAUAACCAUCGCCUUGUGCUUCUGUGUGCCAAAGUAACCCUUGCCUUGUGCAAUAACACAGAAAUGUUAUUAAUACUAACUUUAUGAAUGAAUAAAAUGAUUUUAACUCAA